AUGAGUAGUGCCGGUGGUGUCAAACACGUUGCAAAUGUGCAGAACGACAAGGGGGUACGAUCUGUACAAAGUGGUGUAGCUCAACUACCGUUAAUUGUCAACCAGGAGCAACGCUAUCAUCUAAAUCCAUCUAAAUCAAAAUGGAUCACGAUUGGGCGAGCAUAUCAGUGGAGCUUCCAACCUGUAAUCAAUAUCAAGGGUUUAAAAACCGAGGGCGUUACGUUAAAUGAAGAAGACUGGUAUGAAGUAUUGAAUCAAGAAGGCAUUAUAACCAAUUUUUUCUUCAGUGAUGAUAUUUUCUAUCCGAUCCAAGGUAACUCCUUCUGUAUCAGCUUUGAUAGAUUUCCAGAUUUUCAAACCAUCAAAAUUGAAGAUCGGUGGAGUAAGGUAGUUUAUUUGGGUAAAGAGACCGUAUUCAAGUUAUUUCAAUUAGCCCCGCUGAUUGCCUAUACGAUGAAUAUGCUGAAAACUCAGGAGUUCCAAAAAUAUUUUACCAUACUCGUCCAGGAUGUACAAACCAAGCACAUAGAUGUGCGAGACUUCAUUAUGCAACACAUCUCUGAUUUGCCGCAUUCGGAGAACAUCAGGACUGCUAUGGAACUGGCAUACCAAUAUCCAAACUUGAAGGAAUUCAACAAGGCUCCAACACUGGACUUUUAUUCAAAUUGCUUAUCCUAA